CUGUUUCUCCGACUUUACUAAAUUCGUCUGUUACGGAGGAAAAUGUUUGUCGUGAGAAUUAUUUUGUGGGGAAAUUGCAGACCUUGAAUUUGUACAUUUUCGGUGUUGGGUGCAAAAUUCAUAUAACAUGUAGUAAUUAUGCUAGGGCUGGCAUAAGGUAGAAAAAAUAAAAUUUGAUUGCAUCCCCCAAUGUACAAGUGUUAUAACAAUGAUAGAUAAGUAGUGAUUGCCAAAUAAUAUGGUGGGAUGAAUGAGAUUUUCUUUCUUAAAUUUUUUAGUUGGGUUAGUGAAUUUUAGAUAACUAAAAAACAUAAGUGACAUUGUAGAAAGCUUUGGAUAUUUGUUGAGAAAAAUAAAUUGAUUACACAUAGGAGAUAAGUCAUUUUUAACUUUUGCUAAAAAAAAAAUAUUUUUGGUGGAAAAACAUUUUUCCCAACAUAAGUCAAACAUUUCUCAAGUACCAAACACAGAAACACGAAUUUCCCGGGCGAACUUGCAGCGUCAAGUCUUCUCUCUUCUCCGGCGAACUAUACGAACUCGCCGUAAAAUCUAAGAAGUAAGUCCACUUGUUUCUCACCAGAUUUCCUCCUCUCUUGUUCAGAUGAUACCAAAAAGUCCUAAACCCUUUCCCAAUUGCUUUUAAUUAGUAGAAUAUGAGAGAUGUUUGAAUGUCUGACAUCGCUACAUUGUUUUAAUAGCUAGCUAAGUUAAAGUAAUAUAGCAGGUACUAUUAUUAUGGUGAAUUGCGUUCUUAAUUCAUCUCUAUUACGAAAAUGUUGCUUAAGAUCACUAAAUCACAGCUGAUUUUUUAAUGAUAAAGUCAGAGCAACAGAAGAUUAAUUAGCUAUUCGGAUAAUUUUUCUGUUUUCUCACAACAAAGGGCGACAAGCUUUUGUUGAUGAGUGAUGAGUGGGUGUGGGUUCAGCUCAUACUCGAGCUGGUGAACACGAAUUUGGUCUAGAUUUAUCAGAUUUCACCCCCUCAGUGGAUAUGUCGCUUUCCCGUUGUUCUCAGCAUGAACUUGAUGAUGAAUACAAGAAAGCUGAUAAAAAUGACAGUGAUAUGCUCACAACCCUUAACAAAGAAAAAGGUUGGAUCACUGAACAUCUUUACCAAUACCAAUCCUUUUGGUUUACUCCAGCAGCUAUUAGAGGAGUUAAGAGGGCGCAACAAUGCUUUAAAGCUCAACCCACAGAUGCUAUUCUAGUUACUUUCCCAAAAUCAGGAACAACCUGGUUUAAAGCCCUUAUCUUUUCCCUCAUGAAUCGUGACCGGUUUAAUUUUUCCUCCCACCCUUUGCUGACCAAAGGCCCCCAUGAUUGCAUCCCCUUCUUGGAAGCCAUCAUACAAGAUGAAACUUCCUACCAAGAUUAUCGAAUUUCGUGUUCGCCAUGUUGCCUUUUGGCUACCCACAUUCCUUACUCUUUGUUACCGGCAUCUGUGAUGUCUUCUGGUUGCAAAAUUGUGUAUGUUUUUCGCGAGCCUAAAGAUGUUCUUGUUUCAAAUUGGCUUUUUAUGACAAAAUUAAGAUUCAAAGAACUACCAUCUUUUCCAAUCAAAGAUGCUUUUGAUCUGUUUUGCAAAGGCGUGUCGCAUUAUGGACCCUUUUGGGAUCAGGUCUUGGGUUAUUGGAAGGCAAGCAUGGAAAAUCCGGACAAGGUACUUUUCUUGACGUACGAGGACAUGAAGAAAGAUCCCAUUAUCUGUCUUACCAAAUUGGCUAAGUUCUUGGACAAGCCUUUUUCCUUAGAAGAAGAAAGAGAAGGGGUUGUGCAGGAGAUUGUAAGGCUUUGUAGCUUCGAGAAUUUGAGCAGUUUGGAAGUGAAUCAGACCGGAGUUCAACAUUUCAGUCCACAAUUUGCUGUUGCGAACCGGCAUUUCUUGAGGAAAGGUCAAGUUGGAGAUUGGAAAAGCCACCUGACACCACCAGAGAUGGCUGAACAGUUGGAUGAAAUCACUAGGCAGAAACUUGCUAGGACAAGCUUGAUAGAAACUUUGUUUGGUGAUAGAAUACCCUAUACUGCAAAGGCAUAAGUUAGUGCUCUAUGCUACAGUAGCAAGGCAUUAAUCGCUAGUCAAACAGUAUCAAAAUGACAUUAUAGUUUGCUCCAGGUUAUAAUAAAUAUACGUGUUUCACUACUGUUCUUUAAAUUCAUAGCUUUUUUAUAUGCAAAUGUAAUUGUUCUGCAGUUGCUGCAGCUGUGAAGUGAUUUUAUUAAAUUAAUUAAUAUUUGUUCUGAAUGACUUCAUUGAUAGCAGGAGAAACAAUGAAUGACUUGACACUCUAGUUUGUUUUCCUAAUUUUAGAAGUUGUCGUGCAUUGAUAAAUUUUGAUGCAUGAACCUUAGUUAUUUGGCUAUUUUGCUGCUGUUGUGGUUCAUUUCAUUUGCUAACAAACUAGUUAUCUAUGCAUGUCUAUGUAUUGGUCUACAAAUUAUGAGGGAACUUGAACCAGAAACGUUUCUGUGAUAUUUCAACAGCAAGUUGGUCUGUUUUCUCACAACAAAGGGGGACAAGCCUUUGUUGAUGAGUGGGUGUGGGUUCAGCUCCACUUCGAGCUGGUGAACACGAAUUUACUCUAGAUUUUAUCAGAUUUCACCUCCUCAGUGGAUAUGUCGCUUUCCGGUUGUUCUCAGCAUGAACUUGAUGAUGAAUACAAGAAAGCUGAUAAAAAUGACAGUGAUAUGCUCACAACCCUUCCCAAAGAAAAAGGUUGGAUCACUGAACAUCUUUACCAAUACCAAUCCUUUUGGUUUACUCCAGAAGCUAUUAAAGGAAUUAAGCGGGUGCAAGAAUGCUUCAAAGCUCAACCUACAGAUGCUAUUCUAGUUACUUUCCCAAAAUCAGGAACAACCUGGUUCAAGGCCCUUAUCUUUUCCCUCAUGAAUCGUGACCGAUUUGAUUUUUCCUCCCACCCUUUACUUACUAAGGGCCCCCAUGAUUGCAUUCCCUUCUUGGAAGCCAUCAUACGAAAUGAAACUUCCUACCAAGAUUAUCGAAUUUCGUGUUCGCCAUGUUGCCUUUUUGCUACCCACAUUCCUUACUCUUUGUUACCAGCAUCUGUGAUGUCUUCUGGUUGCAAAAUUGUGUAUGUUUUUCGCGAGCCCAAAGAUGUUCUUGUUUCAAAUUGGCUUUUUAUGACAAAAGUAAGACUCAAAGAACUACCAUCUUUUUCAAUCAAAGAUGCAUUUGAUCUGUUUUGCAAAGGCAUGUCACAUUAUGGACCGUAUUGGGAUCAAGUGUUGGGUUAUUGGAAGGCAAGCAUGGAAAAUCCGGACAAGGUACUUCUCUUGACGUACGAGGACAUGAAGAAAGAUCCCAUUCUCUGUCUUUCCAAAUUGGCUAAGUUCUUGGAUAAGCCUUUUUGCUUGGAAGAAGAGAGAGAAGGAGUUGUACAGGAGAUUGUAAGGCUUUGUAGCUUUGAGAAUUUGAGCAGUUUGGCAGUGAAACAGAACGGAGUGCAACAUUUGAGUCCACAAUUUACUGUUGCGAACCGGGAUUUCUUGAGGAAAGGUCAAGUUGGAGACUGGAAAAACCACCUGACACCAGAGAUGGCCGAACAGUUGGAUGAAAUCACUAGGCAGAAACUUGGUGGGACAAGCUUGAUAGGAACUUUGUUUGGUGAUACAAUACCCUAUAGUGCCAAGGCAUAAGUUAGUGCUCUAUUGUACAGUAGCGAGGCCUUAAUCGUUAGUCAAACAGUAUCAACAAUGCCAUUAUGAAUUUGCUCCAGGUUGUAAUAAAUAGAUAAAUACUUGUUUCA